GACACUGGUGACCCGGGUAUUUAAAUAGCUGUGCCAUGAUAAUCGGGGUUUCCAAAAUAACCCCCGGUUCAAACCAGGAAGUUUUACUCUCUGGGUCAGGAAGUUAGAAGAUCUACCCAAGUGUUACAUUUUUUUACAUAAUUGCAAUCAAAGGUGUAAACAAUGACUAGAUUAAAGGUACAAGUGUUGCUGUCAAUCAUUUCUUUCGUCAGUCUUUCGUUUUCACAAGAGGACGGAAAAACAAGAUCAGACACAAACUAUGUUGUGAUCGACAAACAAAUAAAUAUCAAGGAGAUCAUCCGAUUUGGAGGGAGAAGAGGGGAUGUGAAAGGAGAGAAUGCGAAAAUUGAAGUCUCAGAGAACAAUGGAGUAUUUGAUUCUUCGCUUACUUCGCUGUCUUCGCUAAUGACGAAGGCCCAUAAUGCCGCUAAUUUGAAAAUCCUGAAAGACAUGCUGCCAUUGUCCGGCUUGCAGUGGUUAGAUAAAGCAGAAAACAACACAGGAACAGCCUUUGUUUGUGGACCAAAAGGUGCUCAUCUAAACAUUUCAUGGGUUCCAAAGGUCAUUGAUCCACAAAAGUCUGUCAUGAUUUACUUCGACGUCACCAAUCCUAUCGACUUCAACAAGGGUCUGGCCCACUUAGACGUCUAUAUGGAAGGUAGUCCUGACCCAAUUUUCUCCCUGGACCAAGACGUGGCUUGCAAUGACCUCAAACACGUAGCCCCCUUUAUAGGAUGUCCGUUAAAAAAAGGAGACAGACAUGUUUAUUCUUUCCGAUUCAGUGAUUUGAAUAGGGUACCCGAGGGAUCUUACACUGUUGUGGCAAAAAUCUUCAGUUAUGAAAAAAAUCCACCUCCACUGUUCGCCUGUUUAAACAUAACUCUGCAGAUUGUUCCUUCAAAACGUGUGUUUGUCAAUCCGUCAUCAGAAAUAGUUGGCCAUUUGUAAAAAGGCUGACAUCUUCUGACUUAUUUUUGUUGUUACGUGUACAUAUGUAGCUUUUUGAUAAAUAGGUGUAAAUCUAUGUUUGAUAUGAUUCACUUCAUACAUAUAACAGUAGAGGCUGUGAAUAAUGACAAUGGGGAAAUAAUGAAAUUGGUUGACAUUUUUAUAAAACAUGUUUAAGCAUUCAAUGUAUUUUUUCUAGCAAAGAUGUAACUAUGUUGAAGCAUACCAAACCAGUCUAUUUGUAUUGCUUUGUGACGUUAUCUUCUUUCGAAAACUAGUAUUUUCAUCUGAUUUGGAAUACUUUGUUUCCUUCUCAACGCGUUCAUUGGUGCUAUGUAAAAAAAGAAUGAAAUUCAUGUGUACAUGAAUAACCAUUUUCUUAAAUGUUAAUGUGAAUAAAAAUUGUAAGAAAAUGACAUUUACCGUGUUAUAAACGUUGGUGCUAAUUUUAUUUUCUGUUACGAAGAAAUUGUGUAAAGACUAAAUAUAUUUUCAAGAACUACA